GACUACUGUUUGUGUUAUCUUUUGUGCAAUUGUAAACAUGGCACAAGCAGCUUCAAAGACGUGUGAAAUCUGUGUAAGUGCACCCGGUUCAUGCUAUUGUUUAGAUUGUGAACAGUGCUUUUGUGAAAAUUGUAAAUUAUUACAUUCAAGACAAAAAAUAUCCGCAAAACACGAAUUUAAGAAAGCUUCGGAUUUCAUCCCGGAAGUACAAUCCAAAUGCACUGAACACAAUGAAUUCUUCUCUUUCGUUUGCAUAGCUUGUGAUGUUCCUGUUUGUGUAUGUUGUGUAACCGAGAAACACAACGGACAUAAACUAUCUAAACUCAAAGACACCAUUUCAGAGCUAAAAUCCAAAAUCGAACAAAAAGUUUUAACAAAGUUAAAUAAAACGAGCGGAAACGUGUCCAAGUUGAAACAAUACCUUUCAUUAUUUAAUGGUCAAGUCGAAACUGUUAUAAGAUCAAUAACAGAAGAAGGUAACAAAAUAAAAUCCAUGGUUGACCAGUAUACUGCUAACAAAAUUACGUCCCUACAGGAACAAGCACGAAAAGAGAGCGAACGAUUAGCAGCCAUACUUUCUGAUCAUAAAAUUGCAUUUGAAAAUGCAUACGCUUCGAAAAACAGGAAAAUAAGUAUUGAGGAGAAAAGUCGACAUGAUGGAAGUUUGAUAAAGAUGUUGAAAACCCAGAAUGAAGAUAUUGAUAAAGUCGAGGUUUGUCCCCUUCCGAAGUUUCCGUCAGUUUCUUACAUCCCAAAGUUAGUGAAAGACAGUGACAUUUCACAACUCCUAGGGACGUAUAGACUAUGUAAAACUAAAACAGUGACAGAAAUAAAAAGCGAAAGAAGGUCAUCAGAAAGAGAGAUAUUUUACCAAUGCAUUAACUGUUGGAACCAAAAGAUAGAAAAAGCCCAUUCAGUUUAUCCUUUCGAUCAUUUCUUUUGCUGUCAAAUGCCCAUGGAAAGAAUAAUAUAGGAAUAAACGUUUUUAAAUAGCACAACGAACACAAGGAAUUAACAUCACCUUGAUGGAUGAACACGAAAGACAAUGAGUUAAUUACAAAAAACAAAUACAUAUAAUUUUAUAUUUUUUUAUUAUUGUACAAACAAAAAUAGUGUAUAAUAGCUUGCUUAAAAACAAAACCUCUUAUAAUAUAUAUAUUUAGGAAUUUA